CCUUCCGUUUUCUGUUGGGGUCCUCUCCCACCCUUGUCUCUCAACCUUAUUGUGGAUUUGUACAUCUCUUUUUGCCUUCCACGUCCAGCUAAAAGGUCCUUCUGCUCAGCUCCUGUUGCAUUAUGGACUUGGCAUUCAAUCUCUGAAGCCCAUCUUUUGUUUUCAGAAUUUCCAGUUUUGUUUCUUUCUACUGCCCUCUCUCUCUCUCUCUCUUAUUUACUAUCCCCCUCUCCUUCCAGUUUUUACACUCACAAAAAUUACUCCUCCAGCUCCUACUCUCUCUUUGGGAAAAUGGGCAGCUCUCAAAAUUGCAUUUUCUGUCACAGAAGCAGACAUCUACUCAUUUUCUUGCUCUCUCUGCUUCUGCUUUCAAGCUUAAACCAACUGAGAUUCAUGGCUGAAGGUAGAGGAAUUCCCAAGUUAGUUGACCAGCCUGCUCAAAAAGGGAUAGAAGAGAUGGAAGUGGCGAGGAUGGUUAGAACCCAGAUUGGAUCAAGGCCGCCAAGGUGCGAGAGAAGGUGCAGCCAUUGUGGGCACUGCGAGGCAGUUCAGGUCCCCAUUGCCACGCAAGUGAAAACCCAGAGCCAGAGGAGAAGCCAUUUCUCUGCUGCAUACUCCUCCAGAGGGGAUGACAUCUCCAACUACAAGCCUAUGUGCUGGAAAUGCAAGUGUGGGGAUUUGAUUUUCAAUCCUUGAUUCGAUUAACAUGUUCCCAAUUGGUAAAUAAUAUAUAUUACUUCAAUGGGUUGGUUGGAUUGCA